ACUGAAAAUGCCUGCUAAUGAUUCGAUAUACGGACUACAAAUGUAUCGAGAUUUCUCUCCCGUCUUCAACUUCACUACGUUUCAAGGAAUUCUCCCAUUUUUAUAUAUUCUACCUACCACUGUGAUUAUGAUAGCAAUUCUUGUGAAGUAUCGAAAAGCUAAAGCUACUUUAAAUUCGGCAACAAUGGAUCAUAAUAUCUUUGCAUUCAUUAUGUUCUAUUUUCUAUUCAACAUAUUGUUUUUUGUUGCUGACUAUUUUCAUCUAAAUCUCCCAACUACUGGAUAUGUCACAUCUUGGUGCGCAGAUAUUCAACCGAAUCGUCUAUUCGCAGCAUUCAUAGUUUUUGUCUAUGCCAGUAACUAUGGAGUCAUGAUUUGUCCAUUUAUGGUUUGCUUGAUGAGAAUGACAAUUAUGGUUUCUCCAAGACACAAUGAGAGGUAUUGCCGUCUUAUUAUGUAUAGAUUUGCUAUUCCAUUUCUAUUUAUCGUCCCAUUAGCAUUGUCACUUUUCAAUGUUACUACAGUAGGAUUCUGCAAGCAGCUCAAUCCUCCAUUCACAUUUGGCUCCAUAAUUUUGUACGAAGGAGAGGAAUAUGCAAAGUUGAAUGCUAUUAUUCAUCUGUCAUUUUCGAGUUCAAUUUUCUGUGCAAACGCUGGAAUGACAAUAUUCAUGUUUUAUAAGCUACGGAUGACUCAGAACAAUACGACUUCGGAGAGAACAAAGGAAUUGACGAGGAAAGCUGAAUAUUCCUUAUUCCUGGCAGUUGUUUCAAGUAUUGUACCUUUCAUUACAAAUGGAAUUUGUUCGACUACAUUCCUAAUCAACCGCCCAUAUUGGUAUCAAAUAUUGUUCAUUCGUCCAAUCGGAAAUGACUAUGAGACAGUUAUGAUGCCAUGGGUUCUUUAUCUAACACAUCCAAUGUUCCGCCAAAAGAAAACUACCGUGAGCCCUGGAACUGUAUCCAAUGCAUUGGUCUCUACUAACAAAAACACAAGUCAAUCAAGGAGUUCGAAAAUGUUCUGAUUUUUCAAAAUUCUAAUCAGUUUUUUGUUCAGAAGUUUUAACAUAAUAUUUAUGUUUGAUUAUCUGAACUUUUGGAAAACGUUGUUAUUACACAUAUACUAAUUUCAAUUUUUGGAUCGACUUGCACGAAAUAUCUGCCUUAAUAUCGUUUGAUCUGUUUUAGUUGUUUGAACUUAUAUCCAAU